CUUCCGGUCGGCGGAGGCGGGGCCUGGCGCGGGCUGGGGGCGGGACCUGGGCCGCGACCCCGACCCCGACCCCGACCUGAGCCCCGGCCGCGACCCCCACGCGCGCCCACCGCAAUGGCCAGGCACGUGUUCCUCACGGGGCCCCCAGGAGUCGGGAAAACGACGUUGAUCCAGAAAGCCAGUGAGGUUUUAAAGUCCUCCGGUGUGCCUGUCGAUGGAUUUUACACCGAAGAAGUCAGACAGGGAGGGAGAAGAGUAGGAUUCGACGUUGUCACCUUAUCCGGCACGCGGGGAGUUUUGUCUAGAAUUGGCUCAGAGCCUCCGCCCGGGAAACGCGAGUGCCGAGUUGGGCAGUAUGUGGUCGAUCUGACUUCCUUCGAGCAGCUGGCACUUCCCGUCUUGAGGAACGCAGGUCCCAGCGGCGGCCUGGGGCGGAGAGUGUGUGUCAUCGAUGAGAUUGGGAAAAUGGAGCUCUUCAGUCAGCCGUUCAUCCAGGCCGUGCGUCAGACGCUGUCUGCGCCGGGGACGGUGGUCCUGGGCACAAUCCCGGUGCCUAAGGGAAAGCCGCUGGCCCUCGUGGAAGAGAUAAGAAGCAGGAAGGACGUCCAGGUGUUCAGUGUCACCAAGGAGAACAGAAACCACCUUUUGCCGGAUAUCGUGGCAUGUGUGCAGAGUGGCAGGCAGUGAAGACAGCUUGUGUCCCUGCGUCGUGCCCUUGAAGAGAUGUGCUGGCUAGCGGAGCCUCCUUGGGGCCCUGCCUGUCCGGGGCGGAGGCCAUGGGGCUUACGAAGACUUGUGGGCUUUUCCAGAGAAAGCCUGACAGCUGUUCUCCAUAAAAUGUUUAAAAGAUCAACGAGCCUUCCUGCCGGACUGGUGCUACAUGGUCAACAGUCCGCCGCGGCGUAUUUAUGCCAAGGGGGUUCUGUUUAUUUCCCCUGCAGUUGUGCGUAUGAUUUUGGCAAAUUGUGGAAUGAGAAGCAGCUUUCGGAGUAUUUGAUGGAACUCGCCCCCACUGAAGUUUGGAGGCGUGUUCUGGGGAAGGAUGAGAGCCGCGGGCGCUGCCUAAUCAAUUUUGCACGUCAUGAAACCAGACCCUGCUCCGGGCGCAGCUGCGGCUCAAAGCAACACUGAUUGUUUGGUUUGUAAAAAUAGUUCAGGAAAAAGCCAGUUUAGGUCCUCCCCACCCAUCUCGUUGUUUUGCUUGUUGCUUAAUAAAGUAAAAAAUGUGUUGGCGCA